AGGACGAGUAAUAUUUUAGGACACUCUAAACGACCUCGACAAACUUGAAAAUGUCCUCUGCUUUCAACGAAUGGAAUAUAUUUCUUCUGUUACUUGUGAUAACUACAAAAGCAUCGACUCAUUGCGAACAAAAAUGGGAUGACAUCAAAGCACCACAUUCAAUUACAUAUACAUACCAUAUUCGCUUACUAAAAAUCAACACUACCGAAGAAUAUAGAAAUUAUAUACCCAAUACGAAAUAUCAAAUUGUUGUAAAAUCAGACGAAGAAGAUGUAACCUUCAUUAGAUUUUACUUAACUGUAGAAAAUGAAAACAAAUCGCUUCCUCAUGGUUUACUUGAGCUUUAUAACGAUGAAAUAAGCGAAUUUUCUCAGGAUUGUCCAGAUGCAAUUACACAAGUAUCGCAAGUUGCAAAAGAUGAAAUUUCCACUUAUUGGACGAGUCCUGAAGAAGGCUUUGGAUGCGUCAUUGUCAGAGUGUCGAUAAUGGAAUCACCAUCAAUUUGGUUCAUGGAUGGGAACUUGGACAAAAAAUUUUGCCAGGAUCCCAAAACUACCGUUGAUGAUCCUGGUCCUGUAUUGACAGAAUGCUGUGCCUGUAACGAGGCCAAGUACGAGCUCGCCUUUGAAGGACUUUGGUCAAGAUAUACUCAUCCGAAAAAUUUUCCGAGUAAACCGUGGAAUGCAAGAUUCUCCGAUGUAAUUGGCGCUUCACAUGCAUCAAAAUAUCGUUUUUGGAAAUACAAUGGUUUUGCUAGUGAAGGCUUAAAGCAAGUUGCUGAAAAUGGCUUAACUCGAAUUUUAGAAUCGGAGCUAAAGAACAAAAGUAUUCAUAUAAGAACCAUCAUCAAAGCUAGAGGUAUAAACUUUCCAAAUAUAACUAGUAAGACUUUUGCAGUAUUUAAAGUUGAUCAACAACACCAUCUUAUGUCACUGGUCUCGAUGAUAGAUCCAUCGCCUGAUUGGUUCGUUGGUGUAUCUGGAUUAGAGCUCUGUUUACCUAAUUGUUCUUGGAUUGAGCAAAAAGAGCUCAACUUGUAUCCAAUUGACGCAGGUACAGAUGAUGGCAUUACUUACGAAGCAAUAAACUCGGAGACAAACCCCCGUGAUGUUAUUAGAAGAAUAACAACAAAGUGGCCGGAGGACGAACGUUCGCCUUUUUACGACUUAACAGCCAUCGACAUGAAUCCUUUAGCCAAACUUUAUAUUAAACGUCAACGGAUCUAUGAAAAAAACUGUGAAAAGUCGCCGGUGAUCGAGAAUAAUGAAGGUGUAAAUCAACCGAUUAUGCGUAAGGCGUGUCAGGUGACUGCGUGGGCUCAAUGGGAGAGUUGCUCGGUCACCUGCGGCGUAGGCAUAAAGCUCAGACAACGAAAGUACAAGAAUGAAAAAUCGGCGAUGAAGCACAACUGUAACAUACCACUCAGCAAAAGGAUCCCCUGCUACACCGAGAAAAACUUCAUAUGUCCUCCCCAGGAAGUCGAUGAAAAAAAGUGCCCGAUGUUACCCUGGAGCGAGUGGUCGCCCUGCACCAAGACUUGUGGCCCCGAGAGUCGAACGCGUGAACGUAACUUCCGAUCGAAGGAGCACCACAAAAAGUGCAAGCAUUUAUAUCCGAGUAUAGAGCUCCAGCAGACCAUGGAUUGUAAGAACCCGUCGUGCAAUAAUGAGGAUUUCGCAGGGAUCUCCGACACUACGAUCAAGGACAUCGCUAAACUGGAACCGGUAAGCGAGACUUACGAGAUGCACGAGACGAGCGAGAUGAAUGAGAUGUACGAGACAAGAGAAAUGAACGAGAUGGGAGAGAAAAGCGAGCCCCCAGCCGAUGUUUCCGAGGUGUUGAACGAGGAUUUGAUGAGGGUGGAGAAUGGCGAGAAGAAAUGCAUAAACGAACGCUUCACCCAUUGGUCGGUAUGGAGUCCCUGCUCGGUGUCAUGUGGCUUAGGUACGAAAGGCCGAUCUCGACAAAUCAAACCCGAAUGGAACAAUUCACCAGACGUCGGGAAAGAUGUCAGCAUUAACGAGUGUCUAUACCAAUUAACGUCGUGCGAGGGCAAAACCAAAUUCUGCCAAAUCACUAAAGAGAGGACAGAAGUGAUUUGCUCACAGCCGAAACAACCUGGCGAGUGUCCUGACGGACACAACGACAAUUCUUUGCGUUACUACUUUGACAAAGCCAAGGGCACAUGUAUAAUUUUUCAUUAUACCGGUUGUAAUGGUAAUAUGAACAAUUUUCGAACGUUUCAAGAAUGCCAAUCAACCUGCAGUACAUUCCAAGAUAACUCAAAUUUAAGAAAUUAUAAAGUACAGCUGAGCAGUAUUGUCACUUAUAAUGUACCACUAAUCGAUGAUGCAACAAACUUCAAGAUCAAACGUAUAUGUGACGAAGAAAAUCAUUCCGAACGUCGUAAGAAAAAGCACAAGAAUCAUGAAGGGACCAAAUCAAACUCGCCAUACGAUGAGAAAGUAGAUUGUAAAAUCUCAGAAUGGAACAUCAAUUUUCUAUGUUCGAGUUGUGAUGGAUAUCUUGUACUCAAUCGCACUGUAUUGGUAGAAGCUAGAAACGGAGGUAAACCUUGUCCAACCAAGCGAUUUCGAAUAAAAAAGUGUCAUAAAGUUAUGGAAGAGUGUGAUGGAGAGAGCAGACGCAAACGAAUUGUUAAGUAAAGAAUUAUUAAUAAAGCAGAUCCUAUGGAUGAAGAAG